AUGAGAGUUUUCCCUGCCGUUGUGUUUAACGCAAGAGUAGCAAACAAGCAUUCCACAAUGCCAAGUGGUGGAGGAGUCGAUGGCCAGUGGCCAGUUUUAGUUCGAAAAGGUGACAUUGUGGUAUCUUCAGCCUGGGCUCGGCAUCGCCUAGGGAAAGACUUUGGAGAAAAUCCAGAGGAAUUUUAUCCAGAGCGAUGGGAACACCUAAACAGUGAAAUUCCUGGCUUCGUCCCGUUCAACAAGGGUCCUAGAAUUUGCCCUGGUCAACAGUAUGCUAUGACUGUGCUCACGUACAUUGUGGCUCGUAUCUUCCAGACCUUUUCGAAUGUAUUCAACUAUAAUACUAAAGAGUAG